AUGCUGGCCAGGGUGUUCAACACCAUCAUCGGGGGGUCGGGGUCGAAGCUAGAGCGGGCGCUGGGAGAUGCGUUUCCCGAGGGAGAGCGGUACUUUGGCCUCGAGAACUUCGGGAACACGUGCUACUGCAACAGCGUGCUGCAGGCGCUCUACUUCUGUGUGCCCUUCCGAGAGCACCUGCUGGACUACUAUGCCAAGCACAAGCCAGCGAACGAGUCCGAGGAGACGCUCCUCACGUGCCUUGCAGAGCUCUUCAACCAGAUCAACUCCCAGAAGCGCAAGACAGGGGUCAUUGCGCCGCGCCGCUUCGUGCAGCGAGUGAAGAAGCAGAAGGAGCUCUUCCGCAGCUACAUGCACCAGGACGCCCACGAGUUCCUCAAUUUCCUUCUCAACGAGCUGGUUGAUAUUCUAGAGAAGGAGGCGCGGGCUGGCAGGGCAGAGGCGAGCAGGAUCAUCCACCCCAACCCACCUGCUGCUGCUGCCCCUGCUGGUGCUCCGGCCGCAGCAGCAGCGGGGGCUGGGGCGGGGGGAACAGCUGCUGGGAGUGCUGGAGGGGCGAAACCAACGGUUGUUACAUGGGUGCAUGAGAUUUUCCAGGGUACCUUAACAAACGAAACCCGUUGUCUGUGCUGCGAGACCGUGACAGCUAGAGACGAGGCGUUUCUGGACCUCUCACUGGACAUCGAGCAGAACAGCAGCGUCACCAGCUGCCUGCGCAACUUCUCCUCAACAGAAACUCUGAACGGCAACGACAAGUUCUUCUGCGAUACUUGCUGCAGCCUACAGGAGGCACAGAAGCGGAUGCGUAUUAAAGUUCCCCCCCGAGUCCUAGCCCUGCAUCUGAAGCGGUUCAAGUUCAUGGAGCAGCUGGGGCGCUACAAGAAGCUGUCCUACCGCGUCGUCUUCCCCCUCCACCUGCGCCUCUGCAACACCGUUGACGACGCGCCGGGCGCCGAGGCCGAAUAUUCCCUCUUCGCAGUCAUCGUGCACGUGGGGAGCGGCCCGAAUCACGGGCACUAUGUGGCGCUGGUGAAGAGCCACAGCCACUGGUUGUUUUUCGAUGAUGAGAAUGUCGAGCAGAUUGAUGAGUCGCUCGUGCAGACAUACUUCGGGUCGUCGCAGGAUUACUCGAGUAGCACGGACCAUGGUGUCUCCCUCUAUGACUACGCGUCUGGUGCUGCCGCUGCUCCUGCUGCCACAGCCGAGCUUAGUGUACGUUCCCAGUGGCAGACUCGUGACGCUGCAGCUCGCCUUGCUAUCCGCAGUCACCUGCCGUUCGCUGAGCUAGAGCACUUUGGCGACUGCAAAACCGCUAAGGCCCUUUACGACGCUGUCGUUGCUCGCUACUCCUCACCUGCCACAGCCGAGCUUAGCCGCCUCAUGCUGCCUUACCUGUUCCCUGAGCUGUCCACCUUUGCUACAGUCGCCGAUCUCAUCACCCACCUUCGCACUAGUGACGCUCGCCUGCGUGCCGCCCUUCCCACCGAGUUCUGCGCUAAGAACCCCCCUCCACUGUACUGGACGCUCCAUUUCAUAGUCACCCGUCUCCCUGACACCCUCAGCUCAGUCCGAGACUACUUCCUUGCCCGCUGUCCCACUGAGCUCACAGUCGCCCUCCUAGAGGAGAAGCUGCUAGCAGCCGAGAAGAGCAUUGUCGCUGUAGGUGCUGCUCGUGGCGCUCCUCGCACCCCCAUCUUUGAGGGGUGUUCUCCCUCUCCCCUCGCUCCCUCCUACGCUACUGCUGCUGCUGUUGACCUCCUUGGUGCUGAGUCUGCUGGCGCUGCUUCUGCUCCUGGUGGGAGGCGCCGCACCGGCAAGGGCAAGGGGGGCAAGGGUGGUGGUGGUGGCGCUGGGGGGGGAGGAGGUGGGGGAGGUGGGGGGGGAGGCGGUACCGGAGGGAGCGGUGGCGGGAGUGCUGGUGGGGGUGGAGGCAGCGGUGGGGGCGGGGGCGGCGGCGGGAGUGGUGGCAGCGGUGGCGGCGGUGGCAGCGGUGGUGGCAGUGGUGGCGGUGGCGGCGGUGGCGGCGGCGGCGGUGGCGGUCGGAGCGGCGGUAGUGGCGGCGGUGGUGGUCGGAGUGUGGGCCCCAGCUCGGGCCAGUCCUCGCAGCAGCAGCAGCGUCCUCAGACGACCCAGCAGCUCCGUGAGUGGCUUGCUCAGCGUGGGACGUCGGGAGGCAGUGGUCGCUGUUCCUAUGUCAUUCGCACAGGUGAACGCAAGGGGCAGAAGUGUGGGAGGUUCCACACCCAGUACCGCUGCUUCUCCCGCCUUGACGACGCUUGGCGUGAGGAGAUGGGCGAGGAGGUUGAGCGCCCCCGCUGGGCUGAUCUGAUGAGGGCUGGUGUUGAUAUCUUUGCUCUUGAUUAUGAUGCUAUUAUUGCUGCCAUGUAUGCAUUGACUGUUAGUGCUGAGGGGGACUGUUACUUGUGUGUGCCGCCUGACCCAGGUAUAGAGCCCACUGCCCUAGGUACCAGCGAGUCUGCUCUCUCAGGUACUGUGCCUUCCGAGGCUACUCCCUUCGGUACACCCCCUCCUGCUAGCGAGUCUGCGCUCUCCGGUACUGCGCCCGCUGAGGCCUUGCACACCUUCACGCUUGACUCAGGUGCUUCCCGCUAUUUCUUUCGUGACAGUACUGAGCUCACUCCCCUCCCUGCACCAGUUCCAGUCUCCCUGGCUGACCCCUCCGGGGGUCCAGUUCUUGCACGGAUCACUGGGUUGACACCUUCACCCCUGGAGGACAGCGUGUGGCGAUCUGUACGUGCUCCAGGACUGGCCGUCACCUGGCUACGUUCACUCGUCAGCCGGGGUCGAGUCUCUACACACUGA